GGGGGCUGGUCCUGCUCUGCGCUGGUGGGGAACACGGAGGCUGAGGUUUUUCUUGACAUGUCUAGGAUAGCUGCCAGUGAUAGGGGGACGGGGAAGGCAGACGCUACCACCACACUGCUGACUCUCAGCACUGUUCUGGACAGGACCAUUUUAUUCCUGCUUCGUUCGGAUUUUUGAAGAACUAACUUCACUUUUUCAUUCUUUGGUGCUGUUUGAGAUUUUGUGUCGACUUCGCGAUUAAAGGGAGAAAGUUUCACGUGUUGAAAGAAGAUACCACUUUUGAAUGUAUGUAUGCGUGGGUUGCAGCUGAGUCGUAGGAAAAGGACGGUGUUCAGUUUGAAGGCUGGUUUGUACGUGUUUCCUUUUUUAAUUCUGCAGGAUUUGUAGAUGUGCAUUUGCUCCGAUGACACAUCACAGAGAUCUAACAAAUGCCACGUAAAUCGCGUGAAAAGGCAAUGUUCUUAAAUGACAGUGUUGUUAUUUCUGGAUAAACUGGAAUGAACACCUGAGGAUAUAAAUGUAGGCGGACGCCUUCUCAUUGCACAGUUUCUGGACACAAAUUUAAGGUGCUCUUGAAAUAUUAUUUUCAAACUGAUUUUGUGAGUCGCAGAUUAAGAGUACGUUGAGUUUGAGGGGUGGAAUGAAGCCAGGCUCUGAGGACCGGGGCAUGCUGUAAAGCACACAUCGUUUUUUUAAGCACUUCUAUCCGUUCUAACAUCCGGACAACAACUUUUUACAAACAAAACCAACAAAGGACGCGCUACCCUAUGUCACUUUAUUUGGGUUUUUAUUUUUCUACUGGAGAAAGUUUGACUGACUAAGCCACGAAAAAUGAGAAAAGUACUGAUACCCGGAUCUUUUGCACUGAUCUUUCUGCUGACAUGGCUUGGAGACGCGUCCGACACCAGACCAGCCAUCAGACGGGUUCCUUUAAGACGCGCCAGACCAAACAAACCGCGCCUGCAUCCCAGCGUCCUGGCGCACGGCAGCACUGGCGCUGUGAUGCAAUCUGAAGCGCCUGCGGUGCCCUCAGAGCUGAGAGGAAGGCGCGAGGAAAUGCAGUUGGAUGAGAGCACCAGCCCACCCAACCAUGGGGCAGCACGGAGGGUUAUGGCACGCAGGAGACCCCUGCAAGGGGCCAAACCCCUCAGGCACACCAUGGUACAGGACGAGGGGACACCAGGGGCACGCGCCAGGGUGUCCCGUAUGCCAAGUAGCGCCGGGUCACCUAACCUCCUGGCCACCUUCGCCGGCAAGAACCGGCUGCUGGUGAUCUCAGCGCCUCACGAAUCUGACGGCUACUACCGUCUGAUGAUGAGCCUGCUGAAGGCUGACGUGUACUGCGAGCUGGCCGAGCGCCACGUUCACCAGAUUGUGAUGUUCCACCAAGAGGGGGAGCAAGGUGGCAAAGUGCGGCGCAUCACCAAUGAGGGAAAAGUGAUGGAGGAGCCCCUGGACGUGUCUCUCAUCCCCAGGCUGAUGAGCUUCAUGAAGCUGGAGAAGGGCAAGUUCGGCAUGGUGCUCCUGAAGAAGACCCUGCAGGUGGAGGAGCGCUACCCCUACCCCGUCAGGCUAGAGGCCGUGUACGAGGUGAUUGACCAGACGCCCAUGAGGAAGAUAGAGAAGAUGAGGCAGAAGGGGUUCGUGCAGAAGUGCAAGGGUGCCGGCGUAGAGGGGCAGGUGGAGGAAGGAGCUGGCGGACUCACGGAUACGCAGAGGGUGGAACCGCCCGCGGAGAGAAAGCCCGAGAGGAAAGAGGUGCGUAAACCGUUCAGGAGGCCCACCCAGGCCAGCACGACAACCACCACCACCAGACCCACCACUACCACGACAACCAAGCCUACGACCACCACCACCACAUCCAAACCAACCACCACUACACGUGCUACGACCACCACUCGGGCGACUACAACAACACGUGCCACAACUACAACCACCCGUGCUACGACCACCUCAACCCAGAGAACCACCAAAGCUCACCCGCCUCCCUCGAGGACCACAGUUGACCCGUACUAUAACAACCGUAGGGGCAGGCACCACACCAAGACAACAACUGCCCCAACCACCCCCAAUGAGUAUUACACUAAGCCCUACACGGGCAGAUAUGGGGACAAUCGCACUGACAGAAAGGACUAUGGGCGCAAACACACUGGUGUGACACCAACACAGAAUAAGCCUACAAGGCCUUCAAGGCCAUCCAAGAAGAAACAUGGAGGCAAAGUGGUUAUAAAUGAGGACAAGUAUGACGUUGGCAGGCCCACAGAGACGGACCUGGAGGAGCAAGAGGUGGAGGUUGUUCCCACCAAAAAGAGCAGAGUCAAACAAGACAAGAACGAGAAGAAGAAGAAAAAGGACAAAUCCGACAAGCUGGCCAAGAAGGCGGAGAGGAGGUCCAAGGGUCAUAAAAAGAACGGGAAGAAAGUGUCCAAGAGUCAAGAUAAGGAAGUGUACCACAAGCCCACAAAGAGACCACCUCCACCCAAGGGAAUGCUGGAGACCUUCCUGGACUACUUUGAGAACAGAAGACGUCUCAUUGUGAUCACCGCUCCCACAGAAGAGCACCGCAUGUACGCGCAGCAGCGGGACGAGUACCUGGAGCACGUGUGUGAGAUGGCCGUCCGUAAAGUCUCUAUCAUCACCAUCUUCGGAACGCUCACCAACAGCAGCAUGAAGAUAGACCACUACCAGCUGGAGAAGGACAGAGCUAUGAAGGGUCUGCGGCAGGAAGACCUGGUGAACCAGGAGCUGAUCACUGAGCUGAGGAAUGAGUUGGGCAUGACCUACAAUGACUUCCACAUGGUGCUCACUGACUUUGACAUGAGAGUGAAGCAAUUCUAUGAAGUGCCCAUAGCCAUGAAGGCAGUGUUUGACUACUUGGAUACGUUUGGUUCACGGAUCCGGGAGAUGGAGCAACAGAAACGAGACGGCGUGGUUUGCAAGAAAGAGGACAAGCCCAGAUCAUUAGAGAACUUCCUUUCGAGGUUCCGGUGGAGGAGAAGGCUGUUUGUCAUAUCAGCUCCUAAUGAUGAGGAAUGGGCCUACCAGCAGCAGCUGUAUGCACUGACCAGCCAAGCCUGCAACCUGGGCCUGAGGCACAUCUCUAUACUUAAGUUGGCCGGCACCGAAGCGGCGGACAUGGGCGGAGUCCUGGAGCUGUACCCAAUCAACGGCUCGGCCACCGUGGAUCGCGAGGGACUGUCUGCCUCGCUGGUGAAGGACAUCCGCAACUACUUCCAGAUCAGCCCGGAGUACUUCUCCAUGCUCCUGGUGGGAAAGGACGGCAAUGUCAAGUCCUGGUACCCCUCGCCCAUGUGGUCCAUGGCCAUCAUCUACGACCUGAUCGACUCCAUGCAGCUGCGCCGGCAGGAGAUGGCCAUCCAGCAAUCGCUGGGCAUGCGCUGCCCAGAGGACGAGUAUGGCGGCUACGGUUACCAUCACGGCUACCAGGAUGGCUAUCACCAAGGAUAUGGCUAUUAAAAAGGGUGCGGUAAAGAGAGGAAAGGGGGGAGUUCGGGUGCCUGUGAACGUUCUCCAUGUUGUGUAUGAAGCCUGUGAACAGGGCCGGGGUGCCACUUUGAUGCUCACCACCAUCACGUCAUGUUACGUUACUUCCUAUUUCUGCGGUUUAAAUCCUGUCACGGCUGACUUCCGUUGGAACACUGCUUCAUUCUCUCAUAGGGUUGUGUUCUUUUUUUCUGUCUCCAUCCUAAGAACCGUUUCUUCCAUGAUAUCACAGGUAUGGAUGUCUCCGUUUUUGUAGAUAAGAACAAAAAUAAAUAUUAAAAAGUAAUGUGUUGUAAUGUUUUGUUUUUUGUAUUUAUUGUUGGACAUCAAUGUGAGAUGUUUCUGAGGGUCACAAUCAGUUGUCUCAUGAGGAGGGCUCAUAAAUCUUUGUUUUGUCUAUUUCUGAAGAUCACAUCUGUUCUUAUUUAUAUGCAGUUGCGCUAUAAGGACAAUAAAGUCAAUUUAUUACCA